GUCCUCCGACUGGACCUGUGCAACUACAUGGAGCUGACGGGGAGGCUGCAGCCGAUGGAGGUGGCGAAGCUGAUCCAUGAUGUGUACAGAAGGUUCGACCAGUGCCUGGCUGACAGCAGGAUCUUCAAGCUCGACACCAUCGGCGACGAGUACAUCUGUGCUGGGUGGCUGCAAGGCGGAGAGGACAAGAAAUUGUGUAGGACGAUGCACGGCAUAGCAGAGUCGAUGCUGGCGAUCAUUGAUAGGACCAGGAGCAAGGACGGGAAGCAGAUCGCAUGUCGCAUCGGGAUCGCAGCAGGAAUUUGUGUGGCGGGGACGAUGGGGAAGCUGCAGCCGAGGUUCCAUGCGCUAGGAGACGCGAUGAAUGAGGCACUCGAGAUGCAG